AUGAGAUUAAAAGAUAGGAAUAUUCCUUUUUUAUGUCUUACAAAUGGAGGAGGAGUUUUGGAAAAGGCUAAAACCUCUCAACUCAACAAUAUUUUGGAUUUACCAAAGGAAUAUCAAUUAACAUCGGAACAAAUGAUUUUAAGUCAUACCCCAUUUCAAGAAUUUGCAAAGGAUUACAAGGAUAAAAAUGUUUUAAUUGUUGGUGGAUAUGAUUGUUUGAAUGUGGCUAAAUCUUAUGGAUUUGAAAAUGCUAUUCAUGUUACUGAUUAUCAUAAAAAAUAUCCAUUCAUUUAUAGUAUUUUCCCACCAAGAGAUAUUACAAAGGAUGAAUAUGAAAGUAUGAAGAAAUUGUACAAUUUUAAUGUAGAUCCAAAGGAUGCUGUUAGUGCUGUACUUUUUAUGUAUGAAAGUGAUCAUUUAGGACGCGAUAUUCAAGUUGUUAUGGAUUUAGUUUUGGCUAAUAAUGGUGUUCCUGGACAUACUGAGGAUUAUAACUUGGUUGACCAUAAACAAAAUUGUAAAUUAAUCAUGUCCAAUGCUGAUUUCCUUUAUUCAUCAUCUUUCUCAUGGCCAAGAUUUGGACAAGGAAUGAUUAAAUUAUGUUUAAAGAAUAUUUACAGAGAAUUAACUCAAAAAGAACUCAAUAUUACACAAUAUGGUAAACCUGAAAAGGUAACAUAUGAUUUUUGUCAAAAGAGACUUGAGGAAUUAGCCAAAAAUCAAGGAAUUUCAGAACCUUUAUCUACCAUUUAUAUGGUUGGUGAUAAUUUACUUUCCGAUAUCAAAGGAGCCAAUCAAGCAGGAGGUGUCUGGAGAUCAGUUCUAGUAAAAACUGGACUUUACAAGGGUGAAUUAGAUCAUCAAAAUCCAGCUCACUACAUUACACCAGAUGUUUUUACUUUUGUUAUGGAACAUUCAUAA